AUUUGUGAUUUUUACAUUUUUGAAAUAUUCCUAUAUAUUUCUUUAGAUGAUCUAACUGUUACUUUUUUUAUGAUUUCGGACUAUAUGUUUACAAGAUUCUUCAACCGGAAAACCUUUACAGUUUGGAUUGAUGUAUACUUAGAGACAGAAAAGAAACAGAAGAUACAUAGUCCUCCAACGUUAAUAUAAAUCUUGGAAUAACAAUGGUGAUGGAAGAACAACAGUCGGAUAUGGAGCUAGAUUCGGAAAGAGUUCCUGUACCACAAGUGCAAAAAUCAGUAGAGGAUUCACACGUAGAAACAGUUAAUAAAGUUACAAGCAUCUCUAGAGGAAAACCCAGACUUAGAAAAAAGGCAUUACAUGCUGCUAUACUCAAACAAAUGGAAUUUUACUUUGGUGAUGCGAAUCUAAGUAAAGAUAGAUUUUUAAGUAAUUUAAUUAAGGAAGAUCCAUAUGUAGAUCUCAAUGUUUUUCUAAGAUUUAAUAAAAUAAAAGAAUUGACUACAGAUAUAAACAGGAUAGCUAAAGCUGUGCAAGUAUCAACAAUGUUAUCUUUAUCUGAAGAUGGAAUGAAAGUUCGACGUGUGACACCAAUAAUAAUAAAAGAAAACACUGAUGAAUGUACAGUUUAUGUACAAAAUCUACCUCCAGAUGCAGACCAUGAAACAUUAAGUUCAGUAUUUUCUCAAUAUGGUCAAGUUGUAUAUGUUUCUAUUCCGCGAUUUAAAAUUAAUAGAAAGAUAAAGGGAUUUGCAUUUGUAGAGUUUGAUACAGUUGAGAAUGCUAAGAAAUGUUUGAAGGCAUUUGAAAAAAAGGGUUGUGUUUUACCAUCAUACACAACUCCUAAUAAACUUCUAAGCAUUACCACAUUUGAUGAUACGGAAAAGAACAUGUUAGAAAAUGAAACAAAUGAAAUCAUUGUCUGUACUGAAAAUAUUAUUGAUAAUGAAAAAUUACAAGACACUGAAAUGAAUAAAAGUAAUGAAGAGCAAGUACAUACAAAUACUAGUACUACUUUAGAAAAUCAUGAAAAUAAUAAUAAAAAGAAAACAAAAAAGAGAAAACACUCAGAUACAGAAACUGCAGAACUAACUGAAACAAAAGAAAAAUCGAAUAAUGAAUUGAUAAAAAGUAAAAAGAAAAAGGUGAAAGGUUCAAGUGAUGUACACAAUGAGACAGUAGAAUCAAGUAAUGAGAAACAAAGUGAUUCUUCUUUUGAAGGUACAUCAAAAAAAUUGAAACGUGAAAAAAAUGUAUCUAUGAAGAAAGAACAGGUAUCAGACAAUUGUGAUGAAAAUGAACAAAUGAAAACUGAUGAUAAUAUUACUCUGACUAAUGAGGAACAAGAAAGUACAAAUACAAAUGAAAAGAAAAAGAAAAGAAAAAAACGCAAAAAGCGAAGUAAACUGGAAGAUUUUAGUUAUAGCAUAGGGUUACAGGUAAUGGCUAAGAAAGAUUGGAAACAUCUUAGGAAUAAAUACUUAGAAUUACAAAGGAGUAAGAUGAAACAACUCAAACAACAUUUGAGAAAAACAAGAUGGAACCAAUGGUCAAAUUAUGAAAAAAAUAAAUCUGAAAGGGAAGAAAAUGAUGAAAAAGAUAAAAUGAGUGCUAUGACUGGAUGCCGUUUUUCGUUUACACCAGGCGUUAUAAUUAAAAUUGAAAUGAAUAAACCAUGUACAGAUUCAAAAGCUUUAAAGAUGGAAUUAAAAAAUAAUAGUUCUAUAAAGUACACGGAUGUUGAAGAUGGCUCUUGUGUUGCUUAUGUAAGGUGUGAUACAGCUGAAGCUGCACAGAUAUUUGUACAAAAAUCUGAUGAGGAAAGACAUAUGAGAUUAUUAGAAGGUGAAGAAGAAAAGAUGUAUUGGGAUAAAAUUUUGCACGAUAGGGAACAAAAAUUGAGUAAGAAAGUAAAAACUAAACAAAGAGGGAGAAAUAAAUUAUUAAAAAAAGCAGAAAAAGAACUUGGAAAGCAUAUCAAAUUUGAUGAAGUGUAAACUUAUAAAACUCUUACAUUUAAUUGUAUAUAAAAGGUAGUUUUAUAUUAUACAUUUAAUUAUAAAAACAGAAGUAAUAAAUAAUAUUUAGCAGUGCUGUU